AUGACCUCCAACCCGUAUUCAGACGUGGUUCCUUGCUUGUCCAGUGGAUCUCCCCCUCCGAGCCGGGCAGAUCUUAAAGCCCAGUAUGUUCACCAUGUGGCCCUGAAGCCCCCGUUGGAGGACGACGUCCCGAAGGGCAAAGACCUGAAGCAGAGGUGCGUUAAGUUCUCCGUGGCUGCCGCCAUCUCUCUGCUGCUCCUGCUGCUGCUGACAGGAAUCCUCCUCGCCUAUUACUACUCCUCCUCCUGCGUGCACGGGGUGCAGUGCGUUGACGGGGGCUGUGUGUGGGAGUCCCAGUGGUGCGACGGUGUGACCCACUGCCCUUCGGGCGAGGACGAGGCCCAUUGCGUGAGGGUGCAGGGCUCCACUUCCCUGCUUCAGAUCUACUCGAAUAAGCUGAAGGAGUGGCGGACAGUCUGCUCUUAUGACUGGAGCGACCAGCACGGGGAGGCGAGCUGCCAGGGCAUGGGAUACAGCAGGGGCACAUACUUCAAAUCAGGCCAACAGAAGACGGCCUCGGACAACGGAUUCCUAAUAGUGAAGUCUGGUUUCAAUCCUGAUGUGUCCAUCCUGCAGCAGGUCGCCUUCAGCAAAACGUGUCCCAACAAUAACGGGGUGACACUGCGGUGCACUGAUUGUGGGCGCGGGGUGAACUCGAGCCGGGCCCCCGGGGGCCCUGCGGCCUCUUCCCCGGCGUCCUGGCCUUGGCAGGUCAGCCUGCAGCUGGCGGGCUCGCACCGCUGCGGAGGAGCCAUCAUCUCUCCCUACUGGAUCGUCACCGCGGCUCACUGCGUGGCCAGGGCCCCCGACCCCAGAGACUGGGCAGUGUACGCUGGGAUCGUGGACUCUUUAGGCACCUUGUUUAACCCCGCUCACACUGUGAGUCACAUCAUAACACAUGAGGACUACAACAGCCUGACGCGCAGCAAUGACCUGGCUCUCAUGAGGGUCUCCAGUCCUCUGGACUUCACAGACGCUGUGUCUCUCCAGCUGAAGGAGGCUCAGGUCUCUCUGAUAGAUGCUGCGGUGUGUAACGGCGCCGAUGCCUACGGUGGUCAGAUCUCACAGGGGAUGUUUUGCGCCAGAGAGGGAGACACAGGAGACAGUGUGUGCCAUGCUGACAGCGGCGGCCCUCUGGUGUCCCUCAGGGGCGGACUGUGGUGGCUUCUGGGUAACAGUGUUUGGGGCCAACGCUGCACCGGGGAGAAUAAACCGGGUGUAUACGGCAACGUCUCGCACGCCCUCAGCUGGAUCUACUUCCAGAUGAAGCAACAAACAUGGACGCAGCACGACGCUUGA